AUGAUAGGCGAAAAAAGCGAGAAACAAAAGUUGAGUCGAAUUGAAAUGAUGGAAUGCGCAUUUCUUGAUCCUAUUGAUUAUGAUAAGCGAGUAAUUCUAGGCAAAUGCCCUAAAACUCCAGAUAAAAAAUUCGUUGAAUCGCAUUUGCCAGAUUUCCUACGACAAAAAAUAAAGAAAUUAGAUAAGAAAAGAAUAUCAAAACAUAGUUCAGCAAAACGGCGACUUUUAAAAGCUGUUUUCAUUGGAAAGAAAUCAUUUUAUGCAGUAGAGCUGCGGAAUAUUAACGUUAAUUUGGAAUUAAUAGAAGGACUGUAUUUGAUUUUACGAUGUUCAGCCGUAAGCGAUCAGAAAAAUGCAAAAGAAAAGAUGGAAUGGUUUAUUAAUGGUAUUAAAUUAACUUCUCAGUUAAACUGGAGAAUAAAUAUCAAUUCGGAGAAUGAGCUUGUGAUUUGGCCCUUACUUUCUGGUUUGGAUGACGGAAAAUAUGAAUGUUAUGAAGAUCAUGAAUCAAAAGGAGCUGUUUCACUGCAUAUAAUUAGUGUUAAAGCUAAUAUUUUUUUUCAUCGAAUGCAAUUUCUCAUUCAAAGCAUCAUUCAAAAUUCAAAAUUCCACAAAUGAUUAAACAAGUCCCAAAUUCUUCAUAUUGAACUUAAUGACCCAAUUGUAGAGUUCUACGAAUAUUUGCUUGAUUUGCGAUUAAAUGAAGUAAAGGAACACAUUGGUAAGACAUUUUAUCAGAAUAAUCAUGAAGCGCAAAAAAGUAUAUUUCAAAGCCUCAUGAUUAAUGCUACAUGUCACGAGGAAACAGAGAAACGACUAAGAAACAAUCGACAUUCUGUAAUGACAAUAAUUGAAAUGUGUGAAACUAGUAGUGAAAAACGUUUUGAAGAAAUUCAAGUGGUGCAAGCUCGCCCAUUAUGA